AUCCACAGGCUGUGCGGGUUUAGGACCUGGAGGACGCCAGAUGUUCCCAGGAGCUGCGCACUUCAGUUGCACUGUCCCGCCGACAGCAGCGCGAUAAGUCCGAGGGCAGCAGCGGAGAGUUGAGCCAGUCGAGCCGGAUUGUCGUGCGUCCUGACGCGCCGGCGGAGCAGCGACGAUGGGAGCUUCACACACGCGCACUGAGCCCAACGAGUUCCAGGACCUGAUGGACAAAACUGGAUUUUCAGCGGAGCAGAUUAAAAACCUUCGCAAACGCUUCCUGCAGCUGAGUGGAAACGAGGAGACAAUAAGCAGAGAAAACCUGGACAGCAUUCCGGCCCUCACCAACAAUCCCCUCAAAAAGGAAAUCAUCAAUGCAAUCUUCGAUAAAAGGAACCAGCAUGAGAGCGAGGUGGGCUCCUUCCAGGAGAUCGGCUUCGAGCAGUUCCUCAUGGUCAUGUCUCACUUCCGCCCUCCGACCCUGAAGACCACGCCGGAGGAGAAGGAAGCUUUGAGAAAGGAGAAGCUCCGCUUUCUGUUCAACAUGCACGACACAGACAACGACGGCACCAUCACCCUGGAUGAGUACAGGAAGGUCGUCGAGGAUCUUCUGUCGAAGAGCGGCGCCAUCGAGCCGGCGACCGCCAAGGGAAUAGCAGACGCUGCCAUGCUGGAGGUGGCGAGCACAAACGUGCCGCACAUGGCCCCAGACGAGUUUUAUGAAGGAAUUACAUUUGAGCAUUUUGAACAGAUACUCGAAGGCCUCGAGAUGGAGACCAGGAUGCACAUCCGCUUCCUGGAUGUAGGCACGGCCACGAUGCGCUGUGGGAGGUCCACGUCUUGAAGGAGUCGCUCCUCGUGAAGACAGAUGUUUAUGUUCCUGCUGUUUUUAGCAGAAUCUCCUUAAAACGGAAUGAAGCCAAAUACUUUUUGAUAUAUUUUUGGACGGUUAGGGAAUAAUCAGACAUUUUGGUUUUAUAGUGCUUAUAUAAAAGAAUGUCUAGAGGGAAUUAUUUAAAAGUCAAAGGACAUUUUGACUUCCCCAGCUCACAUUUAAUCCCGAGUGAUUCAGUUGAACAUAAUCCAACGUUCAACCACUCGGAUCCUGUCGCGUAUAUAUUUUCAUUUCUUCUGCCGCGCUCCACUUCUCUUCUAUCAGGUUUCACACUAACACUCUACCUCUCUGUGCUCCCUCUCUCUCUCCUGCUGUUCUGUAAAUCUGUGACCAGAAUGUAAGUGAAGGAUUCUUCAGUCAGAACGUUCCCAUGUUGGGUGAAAGUCAGUUGUGCCCAGCGGCUGCUCUGGUUUCUGUCUUAUUACAGCGAACAUCCCAAAAAACGUGAGAUUCAACAAAUCAUUCCUCUGCAGGUUCCUGUGUCUGCUCCUCUGAGACUCUGUAACACUCAUCUUACUACAAAAUAAAUGUCAGACUAAUGAUGAAAGAA